AUGCCCAAGUCAAAACGCUCAAAAGUCGUGUCCUUAACAAAAGUUUCCAAAAAGACAAAGGAGCACAAAAAUGCAAUGAUCAAUGAGCUUCAAACGAACGCAGAGAAAUGGAGAUAUUGCUGGUUAUUUGAAGUGGGAGCUAUGCGGAACUCGCAUCUCAAGACAGUGCGAAAACUAUGGAAGGACUCGGCCCGAAUGUUCUUUGGUCGCGGGGCAGUAAUGGCAAAGGCCCUUGGCACGACGUUGGAGGAGGAGCAUCGUGUGGGCUUACACAAACUUGCCAAGCAAAUAAAAGGACAAGUGGGGCUGUUCUUCACGGACACAGAACCUCAAGAGGUCAUAGAGUGGUUUGCUGACUUUCAGCAACCGGAUUUCGCCCGUGCAGGCAAUAUCGCUAGCCGGACGGUAAUCCUCCCUCUUGGACCUGUAAUGCGACACCACUCUGAUCCACCAGAGCCAUUCCCUCACAACGAAGAACCCCAGCUACGAAAGCUGGGUCUCACCACAUCGAUGAACAGAGGAGUGCCUACCCUCACAGCACCUCACAAACUAUGCACUCAGGGCAAGGUUUUGACGGCUGAACAAGCACAGCUGUUGAAGCUAAUCGGCGAGAAAAUGGUUGUCUUCCGAGUGGGUCUGAUCGCACGGUGGGAUUCAACAAGUGGGGAGGUGGAACAGAUCGAUAAUCCGAGAAUAUCGUCAGAUGAGAAGAUGGGGGAGGAGACAGAAGAGGAGGGAGAUGCUGCUACGAGUGAAUAG